AUGUCCAACGAUUAUCUUCUUCUUGAUUCUUCGGAUUUUGUCUUUGAUGAAUUUCCAAUUGGUGAAGGUCUCGCUGGUGUUGUUUACAAGGCUUCUCUCAAAGGCCUCAAUGUAGCUGUCAAAAUUCCACGAGACGAAGUCUUUCAACAAACAAACCAAGUUCUUGGUGAUUCCUAUUACAAAGAAAUAGAGACGAUCAGGAAACUUCGCCAUCCAAAUUUAGUCUUAUUUAUCGGCACUGUAUUAAUACAAAAUCGUCCAUCUAUAGUGACUGAGUAUGUCGACUCAAAUUUGGACAAUUUCAUUCAUUUUCCAGACAAACUGCCGACCAUCUUUUUAUCUCGAGAAUUUGACGUUCCAUUGAAAAUAGAUUUAUUCACGCAGUGCUGUAUUGGGGUGCAGUGGAUUCAUAACAGACUCAAUUUAAUCCACAGAGACUUAAAGCCAACGAACUUUUUGCUCACAAAGACGUUUGAAAUCAAAAUCUGUGAUUUCAACUUUGCGGAAGAUGGGAGUGUCGAGGCACAUCGCAAGUUUAAAGGAUCUGUGUUGUACUGUGCUCCAGAAGUUUUAAUGGAGUCAGAGACGUACGGCAAAGAGAUUGAUAUCUAUUCUCUUGGAAUGGUCAUGUAUGAACUUUUCUAUGAGAAAAUACCCUUUUUUGACCACACACAUCUACAAAGUGCAGAAGACUUGGUGAUGUUACUUAACAGUAAAAUAACACCGUUCCUGCCACUCAAUUUCUUGAAACUAAAUGAAAAUAACUCGAAGAUGGAGGACGACAUUGAAAAGAUAAAAAGCGAGUUUGGCGACUUACUUGAUGUCGUUCCACGGUGUGCGGAAGAUGUCAUGUUGCAGUGUUGGGAUCUAGAUGGGAAGAAACGACCCUCAUGUAAUAAACUGGUUCAACUUCUUGAAGAGAUGAAAGUGGAAACAACAGUCACUUCAGAGACUGCCGGCCAAUGGUGGAAAAACUCGUUUUCGCAAAAUGGAGAAAUUCCAAAGGUUGUUACUGUUUUGGAGUUUGUUAGCGCGUUAAAACGGUUUAUAACAAAAGACGACAAAGAUUCCAAAUUAGUGGAGUACAUCAAAGAAGUGAAAGAAGUCGACUUAGAAACAUUUGAGAAGAUGGUCGAUAUGUUUGGCACGUUUUUUAAAGAUAAAAAGUGCUUUACAAUGAUGUUGGAAGUGAUGCAUAGCGACUGGUGGUUCCCAUUUUAUUCCAAAGAUGAAGCCGCCGCGCAACUUGAAUCGACAGUCGACGGCACUUUUUUGAUACGAGAAAGUACAAGUGUGAAAGGGUCGCCUCUGACGUUGUCAAGAAAGGAUAAUGGGAAGGUGGUGCAUUCGAGAAUUAAUAGGAUCAGUACUGGAAAAGAAAUUGUAUACUCGAUACAAACAAAGGAAAAGAAUCUUGUGAAUUGGGAUCUAACCGCACUUGUGGAGGAAUUGAUUAAGUGUGGAAGUAUUAAAACUCCGUGUGAAAAAUGUGGAACUUGUGGAAACUAUUCUUAA